GCCAUGAUGGCGUUGAAGCACAGGGAUAGUCUAACGCAAACAUGUACUCGCAGUGAAAUAAACCAAUUGUACCAAGUGCAUGAGUGUUAAGGGUGUAUCAAUAAUGCUAAUCAUUGUACAACGAUGAGACCUUGAUAAAUACCAUCGUGGUGGGCAGUUGUGGGGCCUUUUGUGGGACCCCGAUACGAGCCCCACGUUGAAUAAGAAAAAAUAAAAAGAAACACAAGACGGAGGAUCCAGUGAAGCCGAGAGAGAGAGAGCGAGAGAGAGAGAGACAGAGAGGGCGUUCGAGUGAGAGAGCUAUACACGAGAUACACGAAUUUGCAGUGAGUGCGAUAGUGACAUUCACUACAUACAAAGUGGCUACAUGCUCGAGCAAGUGCAGACACAUUCCCAGGGAACUCUGUAUUUUUUUCUCUCGUUCGUAAAUACGAGUGAGUGAGUGGUGUUUUUUUUUCCUCCCUCGUGCGGUGGGUGAACACAUGGGGAGUUUAUGAAUUAAUAGCAGUGAUUUUUACACUUCUGCUCUGCUCUGUGGGGAUGGUAUUCACGAGGGCCUUGUGGACAUCCUGACUCGUGAGACAGUGAUUUUGAGGUUAUGUGAGACUUUUUUUGUGGAGAAUGUGGUUAUUCAGUGAGAUAUUGAUUCGAGAGGAGUUGAAGUGAUUAUUGGGAACAUCUGUGAUUCUAUGGGGUCGGGGAGUGCUUUUUGAGGGGUUUUUUGGGGUUAAUAAGUGAGGAUGAGCAAACUGUCAUUCAGGGCUAGGGCCCUGGACGCCUCCAAGCCCAUGCCUAUUUAUAUGGCUGAGGAGCUGCCUGAUCUACCGGAUUACUCGGCGAUUAAUCGGGCUGUUCCACAGAUGCCCAGUGGCAUGACCAAGGAGGAGGAAUGCGAGCAUCAUCUCCAACGGGCAAUAUGCGCGGGAUUAAUAAUCCCUACUCCAGAGGUCACCGACUUGACGGAUGUGGAGGCAUACGACAAGAUUUACCCGGCUGAUUAUAAAUUACCUCGGCAGUUGAUUCACAUGCAGCCAUUUGCAAUGGAACAAGAUAUCCCAGACUACGAUAUGGACUCGGAGGACGAGAAAUGGGUGGGAGUUCAAAGUAGAAAAAUGGAUCUCACUCCAUUGCAGUUCGAGGAGAUGAUGGACAGACUGGAGAAGAGCUCUGGCCAAAAUGUUGUCACCCUCAAUGAGGCAAAGGCGUUAUUGAAGGAGGAUGAUGAUCUGAUAAUUGCUGUGUUCGAUUAUUGGCUGAACAAACGUCUCAAAACGCAACAUCCUCUACUACUGACGGUGAAAACUGAUCAUCGCUUGGGGUCAGCUGCCAAUAAUCCUUAUCUAGCAUUCAGGAGGAUAACUGAGAAAAUGCAAACGAGGAAGAAUCGUAAAAAUGAUGAGACAAGCUAUGAAAAAAUGCUCAAACUACGAAGGGAUCUCAGUAGAGCAGUUACUCUUCUUGAAUUGGUCAAGAGAAGGGAAAAAACGAAACGUGAACAUUUACAUUUGACUAUUGAAGUCUAUGAGAAGAGGUACCAAGCGGAGGACUUCAAUGGCCAAAUACUGUCUGACGUGUCGGCGUUGAAGACGACGAGGCCAGCAUUCGCACCCCUAUUUACUAAUCAAUUUGGUGUACACCAGAAUUGGGCGAACAAACUCUCGAACAAGGAGGAUGGAUUACCUCGUAAGGAGAAGAGACAGUAUAAGAAGAGAAAACACAAAGUCGAUGGGAGAGCUGGUGGUCUCGAUGAAAGUGGUGUACGAAUUGGCUCAGGUACUGGUAGCAGUAGGAGUACGAGGACCAGUGUGAUUGGUAGUGGGCUGGACCCGCUCGCUAGCUCGGACGAGGACAGCCCUUUUCCCCACACACAAAUGUCAAUGUCGUCGGAUCGCGAUGAGGAUGACAACACGGAGGAUGGGCUUUUUGCCUUUCGACGAAAUCGAUAUUCCACUUACCUUCCACCUGUAUCGAAUGGCUUCGGCAAUUGGCCCUGGUGUGAGAAAACAGAGGGUGGUGCAGCUAAUAAAAAAUACAGAUUUGCACUCACCAGCAUUAGUAAACCUAGUCCAAGGUGUAUAGGCCUUGCGAGGCGGAGGCUAGGUCGUGGGGGAAGAGUUAUCCUAGAUCGCUAUUCCAGCAGUAUGGAUGAUAUAUGGUCAUCGUUAGAUUUUACAAUUCACGAGUCACAGCACGACAUACCUGUGGAUCCUCUAGUGACGGCAGCCGGUACAACAACCACUAUCAAGAAGGAGCCAUUGCACUUUCGACCAAAAACCCCAGAAUGUGAUUACCAGCCCCCAGACGCACCCCAGAACUCAUCAGUGGUGACAAACAGCAGUACCGAAGAGUCGGACAAUGAUUUGGAGCCAGAUCCACGCACAACCCAUCAAGUCUAUCAAUUUCCCCAAGAGGCCACCUCCAUAUGCGUAGACUUUGAGCCAGAGAGACCGGGUGACGAGUCCCCCUUCACAACUGAAUUCAAUGUAUCCGAUUAUUUUGCUGUCGACACACUAUCGGAAUUUGAUCUUGGCCUGUCAUCAUCGAUAAACGACGACCAGUAUCAAUUUGGCAGUUCCCGCUUCCACGUGACCCAAUUGACAGACAAUGUUAUAUCAUGCCGUGGUAAUCAGUGCAGUGUUAGUAGUGCAACUGUAAAUACAAAUGUCCCAAUAGUGACUACAACGUGUACACCGUCAUUAUCGUUAUUAUCAUCAUCAGUAUCAUCAGCAAUAUCGUCAUCCAUCACUACCUCAAUUGCCAAUCCUUCCACAUCGACAGUUAUAUCAUCAGUCAUGAAUAGUACACAUCAGCAUCAAUUUAUCGACAAUGGUAAUUAUCAGCAAUAUAAGAAUCAGCAGAGACAAUCAUUAUCACGAAGUGGUAAUUCAUCGAUUUUGAGUAAAUCAGUGGUUACUGGUGGGGCUAGACAUAGUGGUAAUGUUGAUUUAACUGGAAUAACGAACUUUGGAAAUGGGCAUCAGAAUGGUCCGUCCAGUCAUUUGCAUGGAACUAGUGUUACACUGCAGAAUAGUGGUGGUUAUAGUGGGCAUAGUCAGGGGGCGUUGUUGUUACCACAGAAACAUCCAACUACUGGGCUGUUGCCUGGAUUCAUUGCUCCCAGCAAAUUGGCCAGUCUUGCUAGGCAGCAGCAGCAUCAGGUGCAGCAGCCUGGGACUAUUCAAGGACAACAGUUGACGACGUCUAAGGACAUUACGCUUAAUAGUAAUAAUAGUGAAGGAAUGGAUAUGGAAGUAGAUGGUGUUGAAGGAUCAUCAUGUGAUACAAAUUCACAGCAGCAGCAACUAGUGCGAACUAAUAAGACAAAUUCACUGGCAAUGGAAGUGACAUGAUGCCUGUUGUUAAAACCCCCGUCGAAUAAUUCAGUUACAACUGGGGGCUUCGCUUAUCAAUUUCACAAAAAAUUCAAGCAAGAGUCAGGAAGAAUAACUUUUCAAUGGCUCUUCAACAAUCUCUCAUUCGUCAUUUUUUUAAUCUGUGAAUAAAGAAACAAUGUUGAAUGAUCAUUGAGUUGGCAAAGUGCGGGCUACGCUUAUUUUUUAUUGAUUAUGUGAAAUAUCCGUUGAAUGAAGAAAAAUUUCACCCCUCGGGGCUUCGAUAAUUGGAUGAAAUUGCAUUAUUCUAGAGGAAGGAGGAAAAUAAACAGUUUAUUUCAGAUUAAAAUUUAUGGUGAAUAAUAUUGUCCUGUUCCCGACGAUGUGUGAUAGUCAAAUGUAGCUAAAAACUUUGUGAGUCAUUAAUUCACUGAACUUCCUUGGAGAUUCAUCAAAUUAACGUUAAUAUUGAGUGACAUGCAUUGCUCAAUCUAUUGGGAAAAUAUGAUGUACGAGGAUGAGGAAAAAUUUUCAUUAUUAAAGAUAAAUAAAAGUUAUGAAUAUACCUUCAUGUACAUCGAUACCAGAUAAUUUACAAAUUCGAGAUUUAAUUAUGAAAAUGAAAAUAACAAAUCGUAAGUGAAUUGAAUUUUGUUUUUCCAGCUCAAAAGUACUCGCUCUUGGAAGUAUUAACUCAUUUAGUCAACAAAUUUCUCAGUUUUAUGGUAUAUCACGAAUGAUAAAAUAGAAAUGAAAAAAAUGAGAUACUAAAAAUCGUUAAAUUCGAGGCGAACCGGAUACUUCAUUGUAAACAAAAUGAGUAGAGAAUUUCCAUGAUGACCAUAUAACACUGAGUGACUCUGCGGUGAGGAAUGUGUAAAAAUGAAUGAUAGGAGUGCCGGUGAUGAUAGGGAUGGAUGAAUAGAUAUAUUCAUUUGAACGAUUUCAACUAAACAUAUAAAUGAGAGAAAAACUACAAAUAUAAAUGAUAAUAAGAGAAAUUUUGUAAAUACAAAAAUAAUUACGCUUACUGUAUCUUUUAAUUUAAGGCGAUUAAUUAAAUCAAUGUAAUUAAAUGUUGUUGUGGUAGGUGCGCAGUGAUGUGUAAAAAAUAUGACUAAUUGAAGGAUAGAAAGAGAAUAACACGGAAGAAAUUAAUUGAAACAAAAUCACAGGGAGAAUAAUAAAUAAAUUUGAUCCUGACAUUGA